CUGUUGAGGAGAGUGUGCACGAUUACGACAUAAAACAAGGAUAUUACCGCAUUGAGGUAGAAUCGUCGUCGUCGUAGUUGUCGUAGUUAUCAUCGUCGAGGUUGUCAUGGGCCAUGGGCACAGGUACUCCGAGGGAUUACCACCACUUCUAUCGUCUCGCAAUCCUCCGUGGUACUCUCGACCCUUUCCAACGUGUUUCCGUGUACGUCACGAGCGAGAGUUACCCCUUCUUCUCUCAACUGGUCCUCUAUUUGCGACGUAGAAGAAGGGGUGAAAACGAUGCAAAGGGGUGCAACUGGUCCACCACUACCACCACCACUACUACCACCAACAUCAAUGCUUUCUACCACCUCCACAUCUUGGUAGAUCACGAGAAUGGAAGAUUUUGCAGGCUCUGCAAAGUCGUUCGUUCGAAGGAGUCAGUCGUCGGUUGCACGUUCUCGCGAAUCAGAGAAUAGCCAUCGGAAAGUGGUACGAGCCACUAACCGGACCUGGUUCUGGAUUGGCACAAAUUCACAUCUUUUAUCUCUCUCUAUCUCUCUUUCUCUCUCUUAUCAUCCUUUGUCUCUAACUUUGUUUUUAUCCUCGUCUUCUUUCCUCUUUCUGUCUCUUGAACUUUCCUUUCCUUCCUUCCCUCUCCCUUACCCCCAUUUUCUCCAUCCCUAAUAUCCCUUCGACGUUAUCCCAAAACAAACGUUUUGAAAAAUCGUACAAAAGGAUGCAUUGAAGGAUAAAGAAAGAAUGUCGACGGAAGGAGCACACGGAAGAGGCAUGACUUCGGAGGCAAUCCUCUCCACGUUUCUUCGUCUUCUUCUUCUUCUUCUUCUUUUCCUAUUGGACCGCACCGCAGAUGCACAGAGAAGCUUAGAAUUCUUCGAUCUUCUGCCGGAGGAUCCAAAACUUUACGAUAAAAUGAGACCACCGAAAAAAGAUGGACAAGCGACCGUCGUCUAUUUUCAUGUCACCGUAAUGGGUCUCGAUUCGAUCGAUGAAAAUUCAAUGACCUACGCUGCGGACAUAUUUUUUGCUCAAACAUGGAAGGACAACAGACUGAGACUACCAGAAAAUAUGACUUCGGAGUAUAGAUUAUUAGAGGUCGACUGGCUGAAGAAUAUGUGGCGACCUGAUUCCUUUUUCAAGAAUGCCAAAUCGGUGACCUUUCAGACGAUGACGAUACCAAAUCAUUAUCUCUGGCUCUACAAAGACAAAACUAUCCUAUAUAUGGUGAAAUUGACAUUAAAACUCUCUUGCGCUAUGAACUUCUUGAUUUAUCCGCACGACACGCAGGAGUGUAAACUGCAAAUGGAGAGCCUGUCUCACACGACGGAUGAAAUGAUCUUCCAAUGGGAUCCCGACGUACCACUUGUUGUCGAUGAGAACAUAGAAUUGCCCCAAUUACAACUUGUGAAGAACUAUACGGCUGACUGCACGCAAGUCUAUUCCACCGGUAAUUUCACCUGUUUGGAAGUGGUAUUCGUAUUGAAACGACGACUCGGUUAUUACCUCUUUCAUACAUAUGUUCCCACGUGUUUAAUCGUAAUCAUGUCGUGGGUCUCUUUUUGGAUCAAACCAGAAGCUGCCCCAGCUAGAGUGACCUUAGGAGUGACAUCGUUGCUGACCUUAUCGACUCAACACGCAAAGAGUCAAGCCUCUUUACCACCGGUCUCUUAUCUAAAAGCCGUCGAUGCCUUUAUGUCGGUCUGCACGAUAUUCGUGUUCAUGGCAUUGAUGGAAUAUUGUCUGGUGAACAUAGUUCUCGGUGAUUCCGAUGCUCCAGCAGCAAAACCACCACCACCACCGGCACCGCCAUCUUCUAGCGGCGCCGACUCCACUAAGCUCGAUAAAAUCUUCGAUAUUGCAACUAAGAAGUCGAAUUCAGGUCCACCACCAGGACCAACGCCGGCUCAGAAGGCAAGAAUGAGAGCUUUGAACAUCGAUCGAGUUUCACGUGUUUUCUUUCCUUUUCUUUUUGCCGUAUUGAAUGUCACUUAUUGGAUAAUUAAACUUUGUGAUAGAAGAAACGGAACAAUGCUCGGAGGAAACGGCUCACCGACGGAAAUAAUAACAAGACGUCAUAAUUGGCUAGGGAUGACCAUCCCUCAACGAAGAGGUUCACAUCCCAAAAGACCACAUCCUUGUGAACAAAGUUCGUGUUAUCCUGCCACGGGGAAUCUUUUGAUUGGCCGAAAAAAUCGCUUGACUGCUUCGUCUACUUGUGGUCUCAAGGGUCCAGAAAGAUAUUGCAUCGUUUCUCAUCUUAAAGAACGAAAAAAAUGCUUCUUCUGCGAUGCAUCCUUGCCCAAACAACAGCACAAUAUUGAGAAUAUCGUUGAUGGAACAAAUUCACGAUAUUGGUGGCAAGCUGAAAAUGGAAUAGAAUAUGUAACCAUCAGAUUCGAUCUAGAGGCUGAAUUUCAUUUCACUCAUAUCAUCAUUCGUUUCCAAACCUUCCGUCCCGCAGCUAUGCUUAUAGAAAGAUCUUUCGAUUUUGGAAAAACUUGGAAGGUUUACAGAUACUUUGCCCAUAAUUGCGAGCAAUCCUUCCCAGGUGUAGCUACGCAUCAACCACAAAGUUUGACCGAUGUAAUAUGUGAAACGCGUUAUUCUGGCGUAGCCCCAUCCACUGGUGGUGAAGUAAUCUUCAGAGUAUUGCCACGAAAUUUGGAAAUCGAUAAUCCGUAUUCGAUAGAAGUACAAAAUUUAUUGAAGAUAACCACCCUCAGAAUCAACAUGACGAGAUUACAUACAUUGGGAGACGAUUUGUUGGAUUAUCGUCCAGAGACUGGGGAGAAAUAUUAUUAUGCUAUCCAAGACAUGGUGAUUCGAGGAUCCUGUUCUUGUUAUGGGCACGCAUCGAGAUGUCUUCCUUUACCAGGAGUGGCACAAGAAGAAAAUAUGGUACAUGGAAAAUGCGAAUGUACUCACAACACAAAAGGACUGAAUUGUGAAAAAUGCGAGGAUUUCUAUAAUGAUUUACCUUGGAAACCAGCGGUUGGUAAACAAACGAACGCUUGUAGACCUUGUAAUUGUAACAAUCAUACAUCUUCCUGUCACUUUGACGAAACAGUUUACGAAAGAUCUGGUAGAGUUUCUGGUGGUGUAUGCGAUGAUUGUCAGCAUAACACUCGUGGUCAAAAUUGUGAACAGUGCAAGCCAUUUUAUUAUCAUGAUGUUAGUAAAGAUAUCUCGGAUAUUGAAGCCUGUCAACCUUGCGAUUGUGAUCUUAGUGGAUCCUUGGACGAUGGCAUAUGUGAUUCCAGAACCGAUCCUCUUAGUGGCGAUGAGUCUGGUCGUUGUCACUGUAAAGCGAACGUAGAGGGUCGUCGUUGUGAUCAUUGCAAGAAUGGUUUUUGGAAUUUCAAUUCAGAAAAUCCUCAAGGAUGCCAAGCAUGUACUUGUAACACUCUUGGUACCAUCGAUAAUCAGGGUUGUAAUAUGAUAACUGGUGAAUGUACUUGUAAACGUUACGUUACCGCACGAGAUUGUAAUCAAUGCUUGCCAGGAUAUUGGGGACUUUCUGAAGAUCCCGAUGGAUGUAAACCUUGCGAUUGCGAUCGUGGUGGUUCAUAUGAAAAUUCUUGCGACGUUGUUACCGGACAAUGUCGAUGCAGACCACACAUCAUCGGUAGAACUUGUAAUCAACCAGAACAAGGCUAUUAUACCGGCUCUUUAGACUUUUUAAUUUAUGAAGGUGAACUAUCAAGAGCAACUGACAAUUGUCAAGUUGUAAUAAGAGAACCUUAUCGCGAUGGAAGAAAUAGUACUUGGACGGGGACUGGAUUUAUGAAAGCUUUACAAGAUUCAACUCUCAACUUUACGAUCGAUGAUAUUCGUAGAUCCAUGUGGUACGAUAUAAUAGUACGCUAUGAACCAAUUCAGUCGGGUACAUGGGAAGAUGUUCAAAUAAUUAUUGAAAGAGACGAACCUGUCGAUCUUAAUGGUCCUUGUGCCAAUUCAAAACCAGAAUAUGAUCGAUUAUGGGUACAGUUACCAUAUAAUUCAAGAAAUUCCGUUGCUCAACCUUCCGUUUGUUUAGAAAAAGGCAAAAAAUACAACGUCAUAUUGCAAUUCCGUAAAUUUAAUAGUCAUGUAGAUACACCAACGGCAUCCAUAUUAAUUGAUUCUAUUAUUGUGAGACCAAGAAUAGAUGCCGUACCUUUCUUCAAUGCACUUGAUGUCGGUGAAUUACGUCGUCAGGAAUAUGAGUUAUGCAAUCAAAUACUUAACGAUGUCAAUUACAUUCGGAAUAAUUUACCUGAUGCAUGUAAAAAGUAUCAGGACAGUAUCGGUUAUUAUGUCUUUGAGGGUGCACAUCCUUGCGAGUGUAAUCCUACAGGAUCACAUAGUCUUCUUUGUCAGAAUUAUGGUGGCUUAUGUCCUUGUAAAGUUAACGUAGUCGGUAGACGAUGCGAUCGUUGUGCACCGGGAACUUAUGGAUUUGGUCCAACAGGAUGUAUACCUUGCGAUUGCGAUGGCGUUGGUGCUUUGGAUAAUUUUUGUGACGUUAAAACUGGACGAUGCAAGUGUCGACCAAAUACGUAUGGAAGAACGUGUGGCCAAUGUGAACCAGGUUUUUGGAAUUUUCCACAUUGUCAACGAUGUCAAUGUCAUGGUCAUGCAGAUAAUUGUGACUCUAGAACCGGAGCUUGCAUCAAUUGUCGUGAUUCUACCACUGGUCACAAUUGUGAUCGUUGUAUUGAAACUUUUUAUGGUGAUCCACGAAUAGGAGUGGACAUACCAUGUAGACCUUGUCCUUGUCCAGGUACAUUAGAUUCUGGUCACUCAUACGCGGAUAGUUGUUCCCUCGAUUCUGUAACUCAGGAUGUAAUUUGUGAGUGUUAUGAGGGAUACGGCGGUCCACGUUGCGAAAAGUGUGCUGAGAAUUAUUUCGGCAAUCCUGAAGUACCAGGUGGAAAUUGCGAGCUUUGUGAAUGUAAUAAUAAUUCCGAUCUGAGUCAACCUGGUAACUGUGAUCCACAUAGCGGACAUUGUCUACAAUGUCUCUACAAUACCGAUGGACCGAACUGUCAAAUUUGCAAACCUGGAUUUUACGGUGAUGCACUUAAACAAGAUUGUAAAGAAUGUAAUUGCGAUUUCCUAGGAUCCGACAGAUCGAUUGGACCUUGCGAUCAUCGUACUGGACAGUGUCCUUGCUUGCCACAUGUGAUUGGUCAACGUUGUGACAAUUGCGAAGAAAAUCAUUGGAGAAUUGCAAGCGGUCAAGGUUGUGAUCCUUGCGAAUGUGACGCUGUUGGAAGUGUAUCUGACAAGUGUAAUCCCUUCGAUGGAAGUUGCGAGUGUAGAGCAGGUUUUGGUGGACGAAGAUGCAAUGAAUGUCAAACGAAUUUCUGGGGAAAUCCAAAUAUCGAAUGUACACCAUGCGAAUGCAAUGUAAUUGGUUCUUCAAGUCAACAGUGUAAUAGAGAAACCGGUGUCUGUAUUUGUCACAAAGGAAUAGGAGGUGAAAAGUGUGACCAAUGUGACCGUGGUUAUCAUGGAGAGGCACCACAAUGUAGUCCGUGCGGUGAAUGUUUCGACAAUUGGGAUUUAACAUUAGACGAAUUGAAAAACAAGACGAAUCUUGUAAUAGAGGAAGCUUCCAGAAUACAGAAGGUCGGUACUACUGGGGUUUACAGUCAGGAAUUCGACGAUAUGGUCAAUUCAUUGAACCAAGUACGUGAUUUGAUCAGCAAUACUUCUAUCAAGAGUCAAGAUUUAGAUGAGUUAACAGAUUUGGCCGAAGAAUUGAGUAAGAAUAUUUCAAAUUCAGCGAAGCAACUUGAGGAAGUCGACAAUAUGUUAGAAAAUGUUAGUCAACGAGUUAAUCUUGGCGAUGUCGCAUUAAAGAAAUUGAAAAAUAGAACGAAUAGCUUGCAUCAGGGUGCUAUGGAAUUAAAAGAGAACGCAACGAUAUUACAAGAGGAGAAUGUUCAAGGUGCCCUAAAUGUGACGCAACAAAUGGCCGAGCAAUCUCGACAAGCCGAAAAAAUGGCAAACGCUACGAGUAAUAUAUUGGCCGAUGCGGAGAGAUAUCGCAAACAUACGGAAAAUCUCUUAAUCAAAAAUAGUGUAUCGUUUAACGAAGCCCAAGAGAGAAAUAACGAAUCUCUUCUAAAAUUAAGCGAUAAGUUAAAUACAUUGAACGAAGAUAUGCCUGAAUUGAACCUUAAAAUGUGUGGCGACAAUGUCACCGAUUGUAGCAACGUUUGUGGCGGCGCUGGAUGUGGCUUCUGCGGAGGACUCUCUUGUGACAUUGGCGCGAUAACCAAAGCUAAUCAAGCAUUGGAUGUGGCCAAACAACAAGCUGAUAAAAUUAAAAAUCAAAAGGAUGAAGCAGAACAAUUAUUACGUAAUAUGAUCCAAAUCAAACAAGAUGCCGUAGCGGCUAGAUCGAAUGCACAAGAUGCAUUUAAUAAUGCUUUAGAAGCAAGAAAUCGUUCCGACAAGAUUACCAAAAGUUUAUCCGACACUAACAAGCGAAUUUGGAGUAUGCUGGACGAGGAACAGCCAACACCUACGAUGGUCAGAGAUCUGGCUAACGACAUAUUAAACAAGAACAUAAAAUUAAAACCUGAUGAGAUCAAACGAUUGGCCAGUCGCAUAAAAACUAUCGUCGGUUCUCUCACGGAUUCCGACAAAAUUCUUGCCGACACAAAGGACGAUCUCGAAUUAGCUCAUAACCUAGAGGAAAGUGCUAAUCAAGCCAAGGAUACAGCGUUGAAAAAACAAAAUGAAACGAACGAAGUUGUAUUGUUAUUAACAGAAGCGAAAAAGGCACAGGAAUUGGCAAAGGCCGCCAUAGAUACAGCUCAAAGUGACGUGGCCAAAUCGGAAAAAGAUUUGACCGAUAUAGCUGUCCUCAUAAAGGAAGCUCAAACAAAAGCCAAUGAUACCACCGAUUCCGUAAAAGCUUUGGACACAAGAUUGAAACAAUUACAAAAGCAAUCGGCCAAGAACGCUUUCAUUUUGAAUAAGGAGAUAGAAGUUGAAACUCUUAAAGUCGCCAAUGAGGCUCGUGUCGUCGAGGGAAAAACGAAAAAAUUAGCGGAGGAGUAUAAAAAGGCUGACGAAUUUUUAAAUUAUCGAAUAAAUAAGAGCGAAGAUGAUAUAAAGCGAGCCAAGAAAUUACUUCAAAGAGCUUCCGAAUUGACAGCUGAUACAUCUACUAAAUUUAAAGACUUAGACGGUAUGGAAAGCGUUUAUAAAGACAACGAGAGAAUAUUAACCGAUCUCAUGGCCGAAAUAGAUUCCCUAACCGUAGAAAUGGUGAAACAUUUAGCAGAGAUCGAGCGAAAGGCACAGAUCUACAGACAAUGCACCUCUUAAUGCGCAUUUAUUUAUAACGUUUAUGGCACCUUAGAAUCAAAUAUUCAAAAGAAAUCUCUAUUCGGCUCAUCCUUCUAACGACAUUAACUCUUAAUCCCAAUCGAUAAUAAUUUUCUAAAUAAUUACUAAAAUUAAACAUAUCAUAUUAUUAAUCAAAUAGUUUCUAUCACGUUUAUAUUUACAUCAUAUUCUCAUCUUUUUUAAUUCAUACUUAUAUAAUGUACUAACGUAGAUAUCGAUGACGGUCAAUUGUUUUUAUAGUGCCAUAAUAUCUAACAAAAGUGCCGUGUUUUUCUGUGAAUGAAAUCGAAUCUAAUCGAACUGUAUUUUUACUUACAUUUUUGCAAUUAUUUUAUUUGUGUUUUUUUUUUCUUUUUUUUUUUUUUUUUUUUUUUUUCUUACAAAGCUAUUUUGUAUAAUGUCAUUUGCCCUAUAAUACUUUCUGUUGUACAUAUGUAGUUUUUACAUCUAUAUAUAUAUAUAUAUAUGCGUUAAUUUGUAUCGCACAACAAUUAUAGAAAUAAUCAUUUGAUCGUUUCUAUAAUUUUCAUUUAAUAUUGUAUUAAAAGACAACAUUAGGUAAUAUGAUUUAAUAUAGACGCUUAAUACAACGUCAAAGUUCUCGAAGAGAAUUAAUCUUUUUUAUAUAACAUUAAGGAAAGAAAAGAAAAAAAAAUUGUAGUGUUAUGAUCGAACCAAAUGCCUUAGUAAAUAUAUAAAUAGGAUAUAAUAAAAAAUUUGUUAUCAAUAUAAUACGCAAUAGAAUAAUAUGUUAGAAUAAAUAAACGUGAUUAACAGAAUCGAAAAAUAAUCUAUGAGAUAAAAUAGAAAUCGAUUCAAUUGACGCCAAAAUCUUCUUCAUAAAAGUCCAUUAAAAUGACAUGUUCAAAGUAA